UAUAUUCCUACAUUACAUUUUAUUGUAGUAUUAUUUCGGCUUAUUAAAAUAAUUUUAAGGAAAUGUAGUUAUUAUUUUUUGUUACACUGACGGCUUGUUGACUUCCGGUUAGCCUGACUAGCCUGUUAGCUACAUGAAGCUAACCGGCUCUCACAGCUGAUCCGCUGGUUAAAGUUGGUCUUUUUCUCUCUUUCUGUGUUUUAUUUUAUUAUCUUAUUAUUCUCACAUGUUGCAGAUAACGUUACAGACAACAAACGAAACAUUAAAGUAGUUUAUUCACGGCUUGACUGGGAGGAGAGAAGGUGAGGAUGUCUGAGGUGAGGGUGAGCCUCAAGGACCCGGAAGUGGGGUCACGUGGGGUCCAAGGUGGACCAUGUGCUGACCCCCUGAAGCCUCCCAGUGUUCAGGCUCCUGGGCCUGAGCUGCAGGGUCUGGUGCCUGCUGGUCCCCCAUCCUCUGCAGACAUCAGCCCCUCUCCCUCUGCUGAAGCCAGUGGCCUGCUGUCGUUACCGUGGGAGAUGGUAACGCACAUCGCCUCACACCUUCCUGCUCAGUGUGUCAUCACUGUGCUGCCAAAGGUCUGUCAUGCAUUGGGUAAUGUGAGUAAGGACAACACCGCUUGGCAGCUCCGGGCACACAGACUGAUGGGAAAACGAACUGGCUUCCCAGUGGGGCCAAAGGAGGACUUUGACUGGCCGUCUGCUUGCCUGGAGAUGGAGCAGCUGAUAACCUGCUGGACAGGCCAAGCUCAACUUGUGGCGAAACAGACCCAAGAGGACGAGGCAAGGGAACAAGUGAGACUGCAGCAAAGGGCGGAGCAGGACGAGGAGCCAGCUGCAGAAGGACAGGAAGAUGGUGGAGAGGAUGAGGUAGAAGGGGUGGGAGUGGAAGCGCAGGAGGUUGCGUAUGGCGUUGAUGAAGGAAUGGAGGUGGCAAUGGAAGGUGAUGAUGAUGAAAUACAGCCAAUAGUAGGUGGGGACCAACUGGCGAGACUAAGAGAGGAGUUGGAAGAAAGACCUGAAGAUGAUGCAGCAGCACUAAUGGAAGAAGAAAGGGACCACAGGAUGGUGUUUGGGGCUAACGAUGGGCAAGACGGUGCUCGUAAUCAGCAAGAGGACAUGGCAGACCCGAGGAAUCUGGGUAAUGGAAGACCAGUAGUGAUGGAGCAACGUCAACCCCUCAGAAGUCCUAGCCCACCCCCAGCGCUGGAGUGCAUCACCCUUCAUUCAGACCACAUUGCCCCGGUCAACUCAGUCCUCCUUGUCGGGGGCGAGGGGGCAGUCUGUGCCACGGGCUCCAGAGACUGGAAUGUUAAACUGUGGGAUCUACAGGCAGCAUCCGGUGGCACGCUGCUGCACACAUUGGGAGGGCGGGGUGACUUCAGCAGUCAUCGGGGCUGGGUCUGGUGCCUGGCAUCUCAGGGACCUCUGUUGGCUUCAGGUGGUUUCGACAGCACAGUGAGGCUGUGGGACCUACAGGCGGGGGGGGCAGUGAGAGGCCUGAUCAGGUCUGGGGCUGCUGUCCACUGCUUGACCUUCCAGACGGAUGUAUUGCUGGCUGGUACAUUCGACAAGAAGAUCAGCAUGUAUGACCCCAGAGCUGCUGAACCCCUGGUGAAAAGCCUCCGUCUCCAUGGUAACGCUGUAAUGUGCCUAGCUGCAGAUGACAAAUACAUCAUCUCUGGGAGUAAAGACUGCACUGUGGUGGUCUACGACCGAAGGGCAGCCAAGGGCUUGAAGAAACUUCGGCUGAGCUCUUACCUGCUGUCCAUGAGCUACAGUGGCUGUGAAGUUUGGGCGGGAGACAACACCGGCAUGCUCCACUCCUUUUCCAUGCAGGCGGGGACCUUAAAGCCUCUGUCCCAGUUUGAUGUGGGACACACCGCCCUGGUCACCGGCAUCCACAGGACCCCUGGAAGCCUCUACACCUGUUCAUCGGAUCGUACUGUCAAGGUACACAUCCCUUCUGCUCCUCCAAGGACAUUAUGCACACUGCGUCACCAAGCUGGAGUUAACGGGCUGAGUGUGGAUGCUGGAAUCCUGGUUGUAGCCCCCGGCGAUGUCUGUGUGGAUAUCUGGAAGCCCAGAAAAUGAAAGACCAAGACCUGAAGAAUUGUGGAAUUUACAACAAAAAAGGAAGCAGCUCUCUUUGCUUUGCAGGCUGUCCGUCUACGUCAAGACACACGUUUGUAGCAACGUAACAAAUGAACAGAAGAAGGUUGAGCUGGAAAUUAAGACAGUUGAGCCCUUUGUGGUACAUAUAGCAAAAUGUUAUUUGCUGCACUAACAAACACAAAUGCUGUUGUAUAUAUAAUUAUUACCAGUUGUUUAAUUAAGCUGUGAUGCAAAAUUCAUGGCGGAGGUAUGUUUGGGAAUACUAAUCAGGUCAAUCAGGCCCUCAAGCUUCAUUCCUUGUUAGAUCCUGUUGAGCUAUUCCUCUAUGAACAGAAAAAAAACAUAAUUUGUCUUAUAUCAAGAGACACUGUGUUUGAAGGAGGUUUAAUUAAUUCAUAAUUCUUCAAACUGUGUGGAAACUAGUUCAUAGUAUUUACAUGCUGGCAAAUCCACUGACCCCAUUACAGCAACUGACAUUGAACCAAAAGCUUUAGUUCGGUGGUUUGUUCAGUACUUGUAUUGAAGCCCUCUGUGUAAAUGUAAAGCUGUUUAUUUGAACACUCCUCAGUGCUAAUCAAUAAUACCCUUUUUCAGUAGCUAUGUAUGGUGUGUGAGAGUUUGUGUUUGUUUAAAAAUAUAUAACUAUUUAAUUGCUUGGAUGAAUUUAACUAUGAUGCACCAUACUUGACUGAUGUGAAUAUUAUAACACAUUGAGAGACUUCUUCCACAGAAGAGGUCAUUGAAUGGCCUGAAGAUCUGAGUUAUUGUCUGGAUGUGUUCGCUGCCCUGAGGGGAGGUAAGACUGAACAGCUCUGUGCUCAAUGUUG